UCGAGACGCAGGCCUUCCCCAGUGGCAAGUUCCUGUGAAGACACUUAGGGCCAUGAACGGGUUCGGCGUCGGGAUGGCGGCCGCGGUGGCAACUCCGCCGCCGUUGAAGACCAGCAGCCACGAAAACCUCGAUAAGAUUGAUAUGUCUCUGGAUGACAUCAUCAAGUUGAAUAAGAAGGAAGGAAGAAAGCAGAAUUUUCCAAAAUUGAAUAGAAGACUUAAACAUACUGGUGCCCGGCAAUUCAGAAUGAGAGUAGCCAGAUGGGGACUACAACAGCAGACUGGUUUUGGUAAAAAUGGUUUGGGCCGAAGAGGAAGAAUGGGCCCUGGAAAAAGACGUUAUGGAGUUAUCACUGGCCUGGCAGCUCGGAAAGCAAAUGGAGUUCGUAAAGGAAUUAGUCCUAUUAAUCGACCACCUCUCAGUGAGAAGAACAUACAGCGAUAUUAUCCAAUGUUAAAAAGGAAGACAAACCUUCAGAGGCAAAAUGACAUGCAGAGGAAACCAAUCCCAGUUCUCAGGAGGCCUAACCAGUUAAGCAGAAGGAAUAAUGCUCCAGUCAAUUUCACCAGGAAUGGAACUAAAUUAAAUCAGCAAAAAGACACACGUCAAGCAACUUUUCUUUUCAGAAGAGGCCUAAAGGUUCAGGCCCAGCUACAUCCAGGACAACUGUUAGACAAACCAACAGCGAAGAGAACUCGUCAAUGGCGGACUUCAACCACAAAUGGAGGAAUUUUGACUGUAUCCAUUGACAAUCCUGGAGCAAUUCAUCCUUCAGUAGCUCAGAGAUCCCGAUUAACUCGUACUCCUAUACCAUCAUUUUUGAUGAAAAGGGAUCAUCCUGAAGAGAAGAAGAUACCCAAAGGAGUCCCCUUACAAUUUGACAUAAACAGUGUCGGGAAACAGACUGGGAUGACUUUGAAUGAACGAUUUGGAAUCUUAAAGGAACAAAGAAUUGCUCUCACUCAGAACAAAGGAAGCCGCUUUGUAACUGUGGGAUAGAUCCUUUGUCAAGGGGACAUUUAUUUGAAUGACAGCUACUUGUCUGAAAAGUUGAGUUGACAGAAGAAAAUGUGUCCCAGAAAUUCCAUGGAACUUUGUUUCAAUACUGACGAAUCUAAAUAACUUUACUGCUUUUACUUUGGAAUAGCUUUUUUUUUUUUUUUUUUUUUUUUUUAAAUAUAUGAAGUAAUCCCCUGAGAUAAUACCAGGGAAAUUCUGAUCUGUUCUUAAAGGUGUCCUUUUUGGUCUGACAGAAAAUUCUACAUGGACUUAAUUGGAUGAUAAGGGGUAGCAUUCUUCUUUGGUUCCUCAUGCCACAUAUGUGCAACAGACCUAUAGAAGUUAAUUAUUUUUGUGAUAGUACUAUUUGAUAUCCUUUCUUUCCUCUACCCAUUCAUAUUGCUUAGACAUAUCCAUUGUAAAUCUUUCUUUUCUGAUUGGCACUUGACACGGAAUAGAUUUCAUCAGCAGAAGUACAAAAAAAAUCCAUCGAGAAAUUUAUAAUUUCAGAAUUUGCAUGUUACCUGAAACUUGUUAUUUUUGCCUCAGUUGAGGUUUUUUAGGCAGUGGGUCCAUAACAAAAGGUAAA